UCAGCUGAGGAAGCACUUCAGUUAUACGCCCAAAAGCGGACCACGAACAAUGAAGGCGUCUCUAUUCCAAGCCAACGUCGUUAUGUGGGGUAUUGGGAAAAGAUGCUUUCUUUUCCUAGGGGAAUUGGCAACGGACGUCCAGAUGUGAACUUGCCUCAACCAUGUAGCCGAGAAUUGCGUCAAAUUCGGCUUUAUGCACGGUUAAUACUAACUCUGUCUUCUUUGUUGUCUCUGAGCUCCAAGAGGGGAACUCAAAAAGUGCAUUAAAGUGUCGUAAUAUAAGCUGAACUUGGUUUAACAUAACUAUAACCCUAUUCCGCAUAUCCCGAAUCAGAUGUACCGCCCACCCGUGGAAGUUGCCAAGAGCUGCUACCGAGAAAUCAAGAAAGGAUCCAAAGGGAGCUGCAGUCCUUAGUACUUUUUGUCAUAUGUCGAAGGGGCUGCACCAGAAUCGGAAGAAACUCGUCUCAUAGUCCAAAUGGACACAGAGAGUCCAGUAUUAUAUCAGAAGAACUGUCUUGACUAUUGUUUCAAGAAACCUGUGGUAGUUAAGGGAGAUGUCCGCAUCAUAUUCUAUCGAAAGAUGAUCGGAGGCCGCUUUUUUUACGCCUGUUUCAACACGGCCUUCAUCAAGAACGGCUUGUUACAGUUCAAGAUCAGGGAUCUGGACAAAGUUGGGAGGGCAGGCAGAUCGAUAUACGGCCCUGCAUUCUGCGUCGAAUUGCUUUUCGGUCCGGCAAAUCGGAAUCUCUCGGGGUCUUUGUCAUCUGAUUAUGAGGAUCGAGUAAUGAAUUUGUUAUGAAACCUAAACUCAAAAGAUUUG